UUCAUUUGAAUAAAUUUUUGUACCAACAAUAUCAAUUGAUAAUAAAUAGUGAAGGAGAGUGAAAUAACAAAAGACAGAGUCUAAUCCAAACUCCAAAGUGAGUCUGCGAGACGGAGGGCGCAUUUUAGCGACGAUGGUGCACCCAGUAGCGGAAGCUAACGAGCGCAGCCCCUUCGGUGACUUAACAGCGGACGAGUUCUACGCACGCCACUCAGUGAGUCACGGCUCCGAGUUCAUCACAAACCCUAGGGGCCUCAAGCUCUUCACUCAGUGGUGGCUCCCGCUACCCCCCGCAACCGUCACCGGAACCAUCGCCCUCGUUCACGGAUAUACCGGCGAAUCCAGCUGGUUCCUCCAGCUUACCGCCAUCUACUUCGCCAAGGCCGGAUUCGCCACCUGCGCCAUUGACCAUCAGGGCCACGGCUUCUCCGACGGCCUCAUCGCCCACAUCCCCGACAUCAACCCCGUCGUCGACGACUGCAUCGCCUUCUUCGACGAAUUCCGCUCUCGCUUCGAUCCUUCUCUUCCUUCCUUCCUCUACUCCGAAUCACUCGGCGGCGCAAUCGCGCUAUUAAUCACUCUCCGCCGCCGCGACUCGCCGGAAAAUAUCUCAUCCGGAAAGCCGUGGAACGGUCUGAUUCUUAACGGCGCCAUGUGCGGAAUCAGCGAGAAGUUCAAGCCACCGUGGCCAUUGGAACAUUUCCUUUCUAUAGCUGCGGCGAUAAUCCCUACGUGGCGCGUGGUUCCAACGCGCGGAUCGAUCCCGGACGUUUCCUUCAAAGUGGAGUGGAAGCGGAAGCUGGCGCUGGCGAGCCCGCGGAGGAAGGUGGCCCGUCCCCGAGCUUCGACGGCGCAGGAGCUGCUGCGGAUAUGCAGGGAGCUUCAGGGAAGGUUCGAAGAGGUUGAGGUGCCGUUUCUGGUGGUUCACGGCGGGGACGACGUUGUUUGCGACCCGGCUUGCGUGGAGGAGCUUUACGCGCGUGCCGCGAGUAAGGAUAAGACGCUGAAGGUGUAUCCUGGAAUGUGGCACCAGCUGGUUGGGGAGCCAGAGGAGAGCGUGGAGCUUGUGUUUGGCGAUAUGCUUGAGUGGCUUCGUGCACGCUCGGCCGUUGACGGUGGCGCGGUAUCCAUCGGGCCGGAAGCCCAAUGACUAAUCCCUCGGGUACUGCAGAGGCACACAAAGUGGGCGACCCUCCCAAGCAAGCAAGCUCCAUUCCCAUCCUUCAGUGAGUAUCGAACCCGGGAGAGAUGGUUAAGGGACACAGACCCUCAUCCAUCUGUGCCAACUUGCGUUGGUUAAAAUAUUAUUUCAUUACAAAAGUAUAUUUGAUAAAGAAAAACAUUUAAAUUUAGAGCAAUAAUUUGUUUUGGGCUGGGCAAUAAAUGUUGUGUUUUCUUUUGUGUAUUUGGUUUUAGGACCGGUACCCUAACCCCAGUUUCUGUGUUUUGUUAUACGGCCAAUAGAGUGAGUUUUUCCCUUACCAAAAACAAAAUUGUUUUUUUUAUUGCUUUUGGUCAGAGUCCAAUAAGUUUUUUCUCCAUUAUAUUUUUGGGUUGGACAUUCUUGGAUU